UGAGCCAACGUACUGAUGCCUAUCGAAGAGACUGAUGCUUUAUAAGACGCAGCACCGACACGCACAUCCUCCAUUCUGCAAACAGCUACUAACGAUGGAAACCGUCUACACCAGCAAGCGAAUAUUUCUCAACAGUGCCAGCCUCCCGGCAGAUGUGUUUCCCGGCGGUAUUGUUGUGUCGGCCAUUGAUGGUAAGGUGACACGUGUGCUCAGCUCCUGGACGGCUGUCGACCGUUACUUGAAGGACAAUGAAGGUGAUUUUAAGCAUUACGAUUUUGGCAAUCUGUUGCUUAUGCCCGGUCUGAUCGAUACGCACGUCCACAUUAAUGAACCGGGACGUACCGAAUGGGAAGGUUUCCAUACAGCGACAAAAGCUGCAGCAGCAGGCGGAUUUACGACGAUCUGUGAUAUGCCGCUCAACUCGAUACCACCAACGACGACCGUGGCCAAUCUGCGCACCAAAGUUAACGCAGCGAAAGGGAAAAUUUUUGUGGAUGUCGCAUUCUGGGGUGGACUGGUGCCGGGCAAUCAGGACGAGCUGCGCCGUAUGAUAUCGUCCGGUGUUAUUGGGUUCAAGUGUUUUCUGUGCCCGAGUGGUGUUGACGAGUUCCCGCACGUAACGGAGGAGCAGGUGUAUGAAGCGGCACGCCUGAUCGAGGGAACUGGUGCAGUAUUGGCUUUUCACGCAGAAGUCGAAUGCCAACAGCAGCAAAGCAAAAACCUAUACAACAUUAACGAUCCGUUCAAGUAUCGCACAUUUCUCGAAUCGCGGCCAGAUAGUAUGGAGCAACAGGCGAUCGAGCUGGUGGCAAAGGUUGCACAGCAGUACGAUGUCCGUACGCACAUCGUACACCUGUCGUCAGCAAGUGCACUGCCGACAAUACGGCAGGCUCGAGCACUCGGUGGCCGACUUACGGUGGAAACUUGCCAUCACUAUCUCUCACUCGCUGCCGAAGAUGUGCCGGACGCGCGUACCGAAUUCAAGUGCUGCCCACCGAUACGGGAUCGCACCAACCAGGAGCAACUGUGGUGCGCCAUACAGGAUGGCGAGAUCGAUCUCGUGGUAUCGGACCAUUCGCCUAGCACACCGCAGAUGAAGCUGCUUACCGAUGGCAAGCAGCGUGGUAAUUUUCUCGAAGCUUGGGGCGGUAUCUCUUCCUUGCAGCUCGGGUUACCCCUGUUCUGGACGCACUGUCAACAGUACGGCCUAACGCUGGAGGAUACGGUCCGAUUACUCUGCACUGAACCGGCACGUCUUAGUGGGCUGGAUCAGCGCAAGAGCCGACUCGAACCCGGUUACGAUGGAGACAUCUGUGUGUGGGAUCCGGAAGGUACGUUCACCGUCACGGAGGACAUGAUCGAGUUCCAGCAUAAGGCGACACCCUAUCUGAACCGUACACUGCAAGGUGUGGUACAUGCGACAAUUCUUCGCGGCUCACCAAUCUAUCUGCGAUCGGACGAACCUGCUUUUGGUUCGCCUUUGGGCAGUAUACUACUGGACAGUCGAAGCGAGAUUACCAACAAUGGUGAAGAUAACACAUUGAAUGACUCGCAACAUCAAACAUUGAAUACGUCCUCUGAGGAGGAUGAGUUGGAAGAUGUUGUGGAUCUGUAAAAUGACAACCGGGACUAUACUAUUACAUGUUUAGAUAUAUUACAGUGCGACUACAUUACUACAACACACAGGUGUAGUAGUCGUAUCAUUAUGUUCCUCUUAAGUAAGAUUACUAUUAAACCUACUUCAAAGUAAUGGCGCUACACACUGACUGUGACGUGAUCAUCGCACCUUUUUUUUGGAGCGGGGUCAUUGAGCCAAUACGUAGAUUAAUUGAGUGGAAAGUUUUUAAAACUGUUUUGCGUUCCAGGGAGCUUUUUUGCUUGAUUUUUCGGUCGGACAGGUUCGGAAUCUCUUAGGCGAUAAGCAGCGCGUCGAAACGAUCAGGUUUAACCUCGUCAUUACGAAGAUUACGUUUGGGAACUGAUGUACAAAAAUAAAGUACAAUUUUACAUCUGUC